ACGAGCCGGAGGAUGCAGGUGCCAGCGAGGCUUUACUUUAACUUCUUUGAAGUUUUUUUCUCAUGUCAAAGGUGAAGGAUUAUGCCUGGCAUAGGAAUUCAGGCGUCCAAUGAAUGACUUCAUGAGCUCAACCUCAACAACUUCCAGGCAGGAUGUGAACAUUUGUCCAUGCUAUGUGCCUGUAUUAGUGUGUGAAUAAGGAUGUCUGUGUAAAUCAGUGCAGUGCCAUGCUAUUCUUCAGCAGCGGGGCGGUGGAUGCAACCCCAAGGAGUACAACUAUUGACCAAUUGCAGCAGGGGAAAACCGUUUACCACAUUUCUGUCACCCUGAAAGAAACACAGGGAGAUGCACUGGUGUCAGGUCGCGGAAUGGGCCGGGUCAUCCACACCCUGGUGGAGAAUUGUCAUCCAGGAGGAGAGAAAAUGAGUGUAGUGCCAAUGGAGAACAGCCCGAGGCUGGGCAGGGCACGGCAGGAGCUCAACAAGUGGCCCUCCCUGAGCCGUGCAGGUAGAGCUGGGAGGCAAAGAGAGGAGGUAGUUUUGGAGGAGAAUGAGGAGGAGCUGGAUGAGGUGGAGGGAAAAAUGAAGACCGACAGGUUUUUGAAACAACCCUCCAAGAACUCAGGUAACUCCUUGAAGCAAGGAAGAGACGUGGCAGACGCAGCUGCUCAGAAAUACACGCAGGAGCAACGCGUUCGCAGCUCAACAAUACACUCUGUCACCGUCCAUGCCAGAGGGCUCGUCUUUGGGGAACAUGGCACGGUCGCAGGGCACAGCUCUCUGCCGCGGGCCUUAUUGCGAAGGCCGCGUCAGGAUGAAGCCCCGGUCAGCAGGAGAACGGUGAGCAUGUAUGGCGAUCCACUCAAGCAGCAAGGAGAUUCUCAACCUGAACAAGAACGACUGCUGCGGAGGCCCAGGAGUGUAUGCAUGCUGGCAGGCCCAGGCCCAGUUCUGUUGGCGACCCAACAACCCCUCAGGAGGGAAGGUAUUGUAGAAGACAACCUGCAGUACCGUAGCAGGAAGGCUGAGCUGAGGGCAGUGGAUGGCCUCAGUUCUGUCCUAGUUCAGCGGCCCUUAAUCACUGCAGAGGUGACCCCUAGGGUCCGCCAGAGAAACUGGAAGCCCAGGCCUGUCAGUAUGACAGUACUGGAGCUAAGAAAGAGGGGGUCUGAUGAUGAGAUAGACAGUCAGAGGAGCUGCAGCCACACAGGCAGUGAUGGAGGUUUUCUCAAAGGGGGCUUCCGAUGGAGGCUGUUUGGUAAAGCACCCCAAGAUAAGAGCAAGGAGAAGGACAGUGAUAAAGAAACAAAGUCUUCUCCCAAAGUCAACAAGACUGAUGCUCCAAAAAGUACAUUGAGCUCUUUAAGACGGAGCCUCAGUCUGCGAAUCAGGAGGACUCGGCCCCGGGACAAAGCUACUUUCGGUUCUGAGGGGGAGUCAAAGGAAGGCUCUCGGACUAAAAGUACGGCUGAGGAAACAACAAUGCCUCCACGACCUUUCUCGUACCUCACAGGGAGAACGCUCCCAACCACUAGUGAGCAAAUAGAGGAUGGGGGCAUGCAGUACAUUGAGUAUCACAGCAGAGGGAAGGUCAAGGUAAUGGAGGUCCCUCUGUGUCCAACAAAACUGUCCUCCAAACCAGUUCAGGAAGAACCAAGCUUAUGGCAGCUCAUAGCCAACCGCUUCAGGAGGAAAGAGCAGCCAUACAGUGGCAAAAGUGAAUCUCAGCAGUCCCAGAGCAAAAACACUGGCCAGUACCCCCUGGCUGUGAAUAAUAAGUCUCAGCCAGUCGCCAUAGAGACUCCUGUAGGCAUUGACUCCCACAAAGGUCAAGACUCUUUCGUCAACAGUCAAGAGUGGACAUUGAGUCGGUCAGUGCCAGAGCUGAAAGUGGGCAUUGUGGGGAAUCUGUCCAGUGGGAAGUCGGCCUUGGUGCACCGGUACCUGACAGGCACAUAUGUGCAGGAGGAGUCUCCCGAAGGUGGACGGUUCAAGAAAGAAAUCGUCGUGGAUGGACAGAGCUACCUCCUUCUGAUCAGAGAUGAAGGAGGCCCUCCAGAGCUGCAGUUUGCUGCCUGGGUGGAUGCGGUGGUUUUCGUCUUUAGCCUGGAGGAUGAGAUCAGCUUCCAGACGGUCUACAAUUACUUUCUGCGCCUCUCCAGCUACAGGAACACAGCUGAGGUCCCCAUGGUCCUCGUUGGAACACAAGAUGCAAUCAGUGCCGCCAACCCCAGAGUGAUCGAUGACUCGAGGGCCAGGAAGUUGUCAAAUGACCUGAAGCGCUGCACGUACUACGAGACCUGCMCCACCUACGGCCUGAACGUGGAGAGAGUCUUCCAGGACGUUGCCCAGAAGGUUGUGGCCAUGAGGAAAAAGCAGCAGCUCUCUAUUGGUCCAUGCAAAUCUCUCCCUAACUCUCCCAGCCACUCAUCAGUCCCUGCUGCAUCCAUCCCCUCUGUUCACAUUAACCAGGCGGCCAAUGGUGGGGGUGCAUUCAGUGACUACUCCUCCUCUGUUCCCUCCACCCCCAGCAUAAGUCAGCGGGAGAUGCGCAUUGAGACCAUAGCUGCCUCCAACACGCCCACACCCAUCCGCAAGCAGUCGAAGCGCCGCUCCAACAUUUUCACAAUUUGUGCUUCUGUUUCCAACCUUUCUUCAACAAAAAGGGCUUUCCAACUCCUUCCGAAUUAGAAGAGCAUGAUGGUUUAAAAACAAAAGAGUCCCCCUGCUUUGCCAAUCCUGAUAGAGAGGAGAUUAUUGAUUGAGGACUUAGAGCUUGUCACUGCUUUACCCUCGCUGCUGUCUUGCACUUAGGGUAAUGCAUAGAGCUCGCACUAUAUGGAAUCCAUAGGCUUAAGUCGGGAGUGUUUGAGCGCACUCAACGUAGACUGUCGAAUAUCACCACGCGAGACAGACUGUAGGGACUCUUCUGGAAACGCCCCGUCCACCCCUUGCCCCCCCGUCCACCUCUUGCCCCCCCCUGACCCCAACUGUCAUUCAGACAUCCCAUAUGAAAAAAAAAAAAACCCACGCUGUACACUCAAGUCACUCUUGGAACUGUUAUCCAGCCAAAAGGACACAACCGUUCCUUACAUGACAUCACACUGCCUUUUGCCAUAAAUGAGGACUCAAGGACUAGAGGUGCCAAGUUGUUUUGUUAUUUUUAUUCUUCCUUCUAGAUUUUCCAACGUUAAUUUGGUCUGUUUUUGUUUUGUUUUGAGUCAUUCUUACUUUCCAGAGAGUAUUGAAGUAUUGAAUGAAAAAAGAAAAUGUGGUAUAAAUGUGUUUAUCAUAGAGGUAUUUUAGAUUAGAGUAACUUGGGGUUAUUUUAUGAAGGCCUUCAUAAAAACAUAGUGUGUCAGGGUGUUACAGAGAUAUUAUAUUGAAAGUUGCCAACAAAUGAAACCUGGGUUGCACCGACUUGUAUGAAUGUAGUUAACCGUUAACGUUUGUUUUCCUCUUUUAUUUAUUUCAACUUAUUUAUUUUUUGCACAUUCUCUUGUUUUCAUUUCAUUUGUUUAUUUGGGUUUGAUUUAGGUUUGGUACAGAGAUUAUGAAAUCUUGCAUAAUCUCUUUUUUCUAUCAUGAACGGAUUGACAAAACUAUAGACUGCUGUAUAUCUUGUAUUGUAUUUUAUUUACAAUGGUACUCUAUAAAAAGUACAUACAUAUAAGGAAUAUAUGAAAUAAUGCCUUUAUUGUCCAUCCUAUAUUUUGUGGGAACUGCAAUGUUUGGGUCAAUCUGUUGAAUAUUUUGAAGUGAAUUUGUGACUUGCUUUGUAUGGUGUCUGUAUAGAAGCUAAACAAGUCAUCAUUAAAAAAAAAUAAAAUGUUGGAAAAAAAAUAUCAACACCAGAGUUGGUUUACUUGAACUCAGACUCUACCUC